AUGGUGAAGAAGGGCAAGAAAGCCACUUUUGGGAGAGAAGAGAUCAUUAAAAUGUACAAUGAGUACUGGGAGAAGGAUGGUCCGCGCCAAUUUUCGACAAGCAAUGAAACCUACCAGGGUACGGAUGACUAUUUGAUGGCUCAGUGCGACUUUGAGGUGCGUCCGGAAAAAGGAAGCGCCUUCAAGGGCAAAUGUAACCAUAUUUGGAAGAAGGAGGACGGAGAGUGGAAGAUUUAUCACGAAGAAUUUGAAACGAUUUAG